AUGGAAGGAACUCCUUUGGAAACGUUUUUGGUGGACUUGGAUGAAACAAGAGGAAAACUUCCUUACUGCCGGGAAAUUUCCCUUAUUCAGCGGCGUGUAAGAAAAGUAAUUAAGGCCAUUCUACUAGAAGUUCGGAGAGAAAAUCCCCUCUUCAUGACAACGCUUAUCAACAGUGGCAGCUUUUACGAAGGAACUAAAGUGGGAAAGCCUGACGAGUUCGACUUUUUCAUACAGCUUGAUGCUUUCUCUUCUCCAGAAGAUGUUAAUUUUGGCGAACUUCCUUGUUCUACUGUGCGCGUGGUCCCAAGCAAAUCAGCUUGCGAGAAUGUGAGGUUUGCAUUUACUGAUCGAGAAUAUGGAUCACAUUAUAUGCCGCUAUUUGACCUUAGCGAUUUUGAGUGGAAGAGAACCAUCAAGACGCCAUUCUUCAACAUAUUCAACAGCAAAGCCAACGAUUUUGAAGCAUAUGGGAUGAAAGUUGUGUUGCCAUAUGAAGGAGACGAUAUAGUGAAAGCACCACUUCCCUUAUCGAAACACGGACCAGCAUACGCUUUAUUGUUGGCAUGGAAUGGUGGAGAAUCGGAUCUUUACAAAGGAAUGAAAAUCAGUGUAGAUUUGACAUUAGCCGUGAGAAUAAACUCAAAAUCAACCUUGCGUGGUCUAGAGUUUGAUUCCCCAAGCGGUCGAGUGCUGAAGUCUGUCCUAGACAGUCUGCCAUAUUUCUUAGCUGUUGGCUCCUACAAAGAUCCUCUUUCUGAAGAACACCCAGACUACUUUAAGAAGGAGGAGAAACAGUACCCUGGAUUGCGGCCGAUUAAUUUCGUAUUGCGCUGUUCUCAAUCGUCUUUUGAGCAGUUGCUGUUUGUUCAAGAAUUUGGCUCGGACAGUGGUCAAAGCAAAUGCCUUAGGUUACUGAAAGUGUUGCGUGACAUGAUGUUUCCUGAGGCAGAACACAGCAUGGCGGAAACAGGAAAAACGGACAAGAUCAAAGACUUUAAUCUUGCAUAUUGGAUCUCCAUGGCAGACGACCCUUCAGAUGACACCGGGAAAUUGAUUUCCUCUUACGUCCUCAAGACUCUAGUGUUGUAUGAAUGGCAGAAAAACACAAACGCUAAGUUGUGGACUGGAAGUAACCUAACUCAGCGCUUGAUUAGCAUAAUUAUCCCCUGGUCUCCCUCCCACUCACCCGGAGACAACAACCACCAGUGAAUCCGUUUGGGCAUCUUUAUUGAACGAGCGAGAGGACCCGAGACCUCGAGAGGAGACCCCAGGGAGGGAGGGAGGGAGGGUGCUAAAAUUGAUGUUACAGCGAACGAGCGAACUGACAAGGAUAUAAAAUGACAACUAGCGCCGUGAAGAAAACAGCUGACGAGCCGCGAGGGCCUGGGUCUAAUUAAGUUAUUCCUAAGAAUAUAAACAAUUAUCCCCUGGUCUCCCUCCCACUCACCCGGAGACAACAACCACCAGUGAAUCCGUUUGGGCAUCUUUAUUGAACGAGCGAGAGGACCCGAGGCCUCGAGAGGAGACCCCAAACCAAGAAAGAGGCCCAAAGGAUUCACAGAGGGGGGGGAAGUCAGAGGGGAAGCAGAGGAGAGAAAAAUUAGAGAACAUGGCACGAUAUGAAAAAAAAAGGCACAAAAGGUACAGAAAGACAUAAGCAAAGCGAAUUGUGAACAAAACCAGAACAAUGAAAUCUGUGCCAAAAUAAAGAAAUAAAUUUGGGGAACCGACAAAACGAUGUAUGAACCGUAACAACUGAACGUGCUGAGGACAAAACGAGCCUGUCCGCCAAAGAGGCAGUGUCAGAAACUAUGCAGGCUACUAAAAGUAGACUAAACUAUAACAGCUGAAUGUGCUGAGAAAUAACAUGAGACAGCACAAGUCUGUCUGCCAAAGGCAGUGUCAAAUAGAGCAUGUAGGCGUCGGAUCUCCAAUCACCCUGGACUUUGAUGAGCUCGGAGGGGAUCCCGCACUGAAAGGCGAAGGUGGCACCUCCACGACGCAGGCUGUGACCGGAGAAAUCCUGAGGAUUGAGAGAAACCGAAGACGCCAAAUACUUGAUACUAGCGUUUAAAGAAGAGGCUGUGAUACAGUCAUGGUGAUGAGAAGCGGUGGUGUAUGUGAAGAGCGGGAAGCCAGCCGGGGCGGAAACCGAGUCGAGUAACAAUCGCAGGGCAGCGGUGGGGCAAAGGGGAGAUCCAGGAAUACGAGGAACUGGUACCACGAGUGCUGCAUCGCCGGUCUGCCGUGUUUUUGUCCGGGUGACUGUGAGGAGAGCACCUGAGGUGGCAAAAGUGAUGCUGCCCCUGGACAAUGUAUGAUGAGAGGAGAACUUGUCAAAGGACUGCGGGACGAGGUUGGCAGUUCUGAAGAAGGAGAAGAAUCCGACAAGCAGGGCGCACCACACAGCUAGAUGGGCGGAGUCGCGAACAUUAAGAUGGUGGUAAAAUUGCAGCAAGAUGGCUGGGGUCAGAGGUGCUUUCCGAUGAGGAAGGUGAACCAUAGACUUCUCCAAACCUUUUUGGGUAAGCUUGACAUGGAUGUCAUCGAAGGCGGAAGUCUCGAAAUGGCAAAACACGUGUAAACGCCGUAGGGCGCUCAAGUAGUUGUUGACUGUGCGAUGUGACUUAACGGAGAAGCCAAGCAGGGUGAUAAACGCAGCGAUGGUCGAUGAGGAGGCUGGAAAGGGAGUGAUGGAGUAAAAUUGGCAGAAUUUUAAGUAAGUGUUCCAGACGGAAUGAUAAUUUCGCUUGGUGGAAUCAGACAGAGCGAAGGCUUGAAUCCUGGUGACGCAGGAGUGAAGGUCAUCAAGGUGAAAACCUGCAACCAAAUAGAGAGGUGAUUACCAUUGACAGUCAAAAUGGAAUAGGUCUGAAUUACAAGUGUACUCUGUGAGAGUGUCAUAGUGAAGAGAAGCGGCCUCGUAGAAGGUGUCUCGAAACUCAGGAUGACUGUCCCAACGACUGAGAGCAUCAGCAAUGAUGUUGGCGUAACCGGGAAUAUGGAGUGCUUGCAGCUCGAAAUCGUGAAGGGAGGCGUAGAACCAUAAGUCGCGUAGGCACGACUGAAUAAAAGGCACGCGGGAACGGCCAGUGUUGAUAGCCAGCUCAGUGUUGAGGUUGUCAGUGCGAACCAAGAUGCGUAGACCGCGCAAAUCCUCAGACCACAGCUUGAUGCUGAUGGUGACGGCCAACAUUUCGAGCGAAGCAAUGGAAAGAGAGGCUGGAUCAAAACAGGCCGGGAACGAGGAGUGGAAGAAACGGCCACAAAAGAAACCGCCAAUACCGGUAAGGCAAGCAUCAGUACAGAAGAAAUGAUCGCUUACUGGCCAAGGGGAAGAACGCAAAAGUGAAACACCAUUGUAGACAGAGAGGAAUUUGUCCCACCAACGUAAGUCGGACAGCAUGUCUGAACUGGGCACGAAACGUGCACGUUUUGUGGGAAGCUGGCGGAGUUCGUUAAGCAGACGCUGCAUGAAAAUCCGUCCAGGGCUGAUACAAGCACAAAGGUAGGAAAGCUUGCCGAUGAGAGACUGAAGGUCUGACUUAGUGGACCGUGGAGCUGCUAGCCAAGAACGAAUGAGAUCGGCGGUGUCUUGAAGUUUAUCGGGAGGCACUGCGAUGGUCAGGGUGACGGUGUCGUAAGUGAGGCCGAGAAAAACCAUUCUCGUGGAAGGUGGACAGUCCUUGGACGGAGACGACUGAAGGCCUAAAUCAGUGAACAGACGCUCCAGGUCAGAGAAGGCAAGUGAAGCAUCUUCGAAGGUGGAUUCGGCCCCGCCGAAGUCAUCGAUGUAAUUGAUACAGUCAUGGCCAAAGAAAGAGUGAAAGAUGUGAGCAAUCGCGUUGGUAGUCCGCUGACAGGCAAGGGUUGCAGAACGAAGACCAAAUGGGAGGACAACGUCAAAAUAAAAGGAGUCACACCAGUGAUAGGCAAGAAAGAUGUAGUCUCUAGGAUCCACUGGAAUUUGUCUGUAAGCGCGUUUCAAAUCUUUCUUGUAAAGGUAACACCCAGCGCCCUUGGAGAGAAUAAGGUCAACAAAAUCGGCAGAACGAGGCAGUGAAAGAUGGAAAGGCUGAUCGAGGUAAGAAUCUUUGGGAAUUCCGUCAUUAACAGAGGAGCCAAGAGGGAAACUGAGGUCCAGUACGACGCGCCUUUUGGUGCCAUCCUUUGGGACAGUUAGCAGAGGAGACGUGCGGAGGGGGGCUGGGAAAGGAUUGCACGUGAAUGGCCCAGCAGUGGCAGAAUGUUCGAUCUCGGUAGAUAAGAAGGCGUCAAUGACAUCCGGAAAAUCGGUGGCUGAAGCAUGGUUCGGGGGCUGAGAUGAAACAGAAACGACGGAGUGACAGUUAAUAGGCCAUCCAAAGGCUAGGAAAUCGGCAACAACAGAAUCAGAGUAAUGUUCGAGGUAUGAUCUCCAAACAGGAAUGUUCAGCUUCGACGGAACAGGAUUUCGAGUGCCAAAGGCGUUCGGGAGCGGAGACUUGGAGCAAAGAAUGUGACGAAUAACUGCGGCGUGCGAGUGUUCGCGAGAGAGUAAAAGUUGGCCAGAAAAUGCGGUAGAGGGAGCGGAGACAAGGUUGGGCUGCGAAGGAGGCGACGAUAAGGCUGUUGAGGCGGGAGCAGGCCAAGAAACGGCGGGCGAAAACGUGCUGUUCGACGGGAGAGAUGUGGGAGCUGGAGAAGAUAGUCAAUCGGCUGUGGUGGGCGGCGGAGGGCGAGUCGGGCAAGAGCCAAUGGUGUGGUCUUUGAGCUUGCAAUAUGCACAAAUGUGUUCGACGCCUUCCUGGUGCGAAGGGUUACUGCACGUACCGGUGCGGUUCCAUUCGCGGCAAUAGGUACGAGGUCGGCCAUUGUUGUUACGAAAGCCAGCCGCGUGAAAGGCGGGCGAAGUAACCGGUUUGGAUUGCAAGCGAUUGGAUUCUGUUAUAUUGAAGCGCUCGAUUUCACUGAAAUCGUCGCCCCAGCUUGCGAGGCCCGACUCGAUGCGAUCCAACACGGCAGCAUGAAAGGACAGCACUGCUUCCCAGUCGUAUUUGGACGCCAAAUGCAUUAAAGACAUGAGGUGGUGCGUCAUGAGCGCUUGCUGAGGGGAAGGCUGAGCAGACAAGAUAUCGAGAUAGCCAUACACGAAUUCUGCCGUCGAUAAAUCCUUAAACUUCUUUCGGGACAGACCGAAAGGAACGUGAAGAUGAGGCCAUUCUUGGGGGUUAACGAUGCGUGUAUUGUGGUCGAGUUGACCUUGGGACUUACCGGAGUUAACUCCUCCACGAACGGUCUCCAAAGAAGGAAUGUUUCGAGGCUUGUUGGCGGCCGGGCUGCAUGAAACCAAUUCCCGAGCUCUUGAUUGAGCUUCGAGCUCAAGGAGGCGAAGCUCCAGCUGUUGCUUUUCAAUCUGCAGGUUCAGCAAAUGUAAGGAGGGGGAAUUGCCGGGCGCGGAAGUAGAAGAACCCGGAGCUGUGGUCUCAACACGUGGCGUUGUGUGAACCUCGUGCGAUGGAGAUUGGUCUAGCGAUGGAGUGCCAUUCGUAGCGCUGUUUUGCGGUCUUGCGAGGGAAGGCAAAUCGUAAACGAACCCUGCAGGCAGCACAGGUACUCGAGUGCGACGUUUUCCGGCGGCUUGAGACAUAAUAAGAUGCUAAAAGACUGAAGAAACUGGAGCGAAAUGCUAAAAUUGAUGUUACAGCGAACGAGCGAACUGACAAGGAUAUAAAAUGACAACUAGCGCCGUGAAGAAAACAGCUGACAAGCCGCGAGGGCCUGGGUCUAAUUAAGUUAUUCCUAAGAAUAUAAACCCUUCAAGAGCUGGUGAGA